UAAAAAUAACCUCGUUUGGAUUUGCGGUCUCAUCGAAACCGCUUCUUGACGUGUCUAGUGUCUGUCCUGUCCUACGAACUGAAAGACAAUGUGGUUUAAAAAUGAUAUAAAACUUUACCGCGAAGAGCAGACGAUGAAAUAUGGCGGCAACGCGGGGAAGUUUCUCGCGCAGAGUGUUGGACUUCGCCUCGUGACUCGUGACUCGCGUUUCGCGUCUCGCCAUUUCCCACAGAGACACGACGUGAACUUCGUCUUCUCCAGUGGAAGCAGGACGAGCCGCGAACAUUUACUGCUCCGCCUCACUGACUGACUCGUGUGACGCCAUUACUGAAACGGUGGCGCUCAACGUCGUUCCCUUUGUUACUGAAAGGAAAUAUAAGCGGAUAUUCACGAUGGAAAUCGCGUUUUCGGGCCAACGAGCAGUGGUGACGGGCGCAGGAAAAGGGAUCGGCAGGGCUACUGCGCUGGCACUAGCCCAGGGUGGAGCUGAGGUCAUUGCUGUCACACGCACCCAGGCUGACCUAGACAGCCUCAUCCUCGAGUGUCCCUCUAUCAAGCCAGUGUGUGUGGACUUGUCGGACUGGGAAGCCACUGAUGCGGCCCUGAAGGAUGUUGGCCCAGUGGAUCUGUUGGUAAACAACGCGGGUUUCGGAAUGCUGCAGCCCUUCCUUGAAGUCACGUCUGACCAUUUUGAUAAGUGUUUCAGCAUCAAUGUGAAGGCAGCCCUCCAUGUUGCUCAGAUUGUGGCUCAGGGGAUGAAGGCCCGAGGGACCGGUGGCUCCAUUGUUAAUGUCUCCAGCCAGGCCUCGCAGCGCGCGCUAAAGGACCAUGCAGUUUACUGUGCCAGCAAGGGAGCCCUAGACAUGCUGACUAAAGUGAUGGCCCUGGAACUUGCUCCCUAUCAGAUCCGGGUGAACUCCAUCAAUCCCACGGUGGUGAUGACCAAAAUGGGACGAAUGGGCUGGAGUGAUCCUGUGAAAUCUAAGGAAAUGAUAUCACAUAUACCGCUAGGAAAAUUUGCAGAGGUGGAUGAUGUGGUGAACUCUAUCCUGUUCCUGCUCAGUGACAAGAGUGCCAUGACUAAUGGAGUUAUUUUACCUGUGGAUGGUGGGUUCCUGGCUUGCUGAGGCCAGCCUGGAUAUGAAGCAGUAGAGGCAAUGGUUGACAACUAAACUAUUAAAUCACAGUUCUUUUUUCAAUCAUUAGUUGAAAUCAGCCAUUAUGCAGCACUUACCAUAGUUUAAGGCCCAGAUCAAGUAAAUAUACAGUUGAGCCUUGAACAACAUGAGUUUAAACUGUGUAAGUCCGCUUAAGACACAGAUUUUUUUCCCCAAUAUUGUAUUAUGAAUGACUAAUACUGUAUGCCAUAAAAAUUUUAUAACAAUUCAUUCAUUAGUGUAUAGUCUGCUUCAAGGUAGCCUAAUCAUAUAUCGAUUACACUAGGCUACAGUAAAGCAAUCAUUGCUGCUGCUUCUUCAUUAUCAAUGCAUAACUAGUUAUAUCUGUAAAUAUGAAUUUCUUUUCACAUUCUUUUUUGAUGUCUAGUGUAAUUCAAAACACUAGAUGUUAUAUGUAUCAUAUCAGACUAUUGAUGUAGUACUGACAUCAUAUAACUAGACAAUGUAAACUUACAGUAGAUACAGUACUGUAAAUGCAUUUUCUAUUUUUUCUCUCACUUUAUUGUAAGAAUACAUAUACAAAAUGUGUUGACUGUUACUGGUAAGGCUUCCGGUCAAUAGUAGCCUGUUUAAGUUUUUGGAGAGUCAAAAGUUAUAUGUGGAUUUUUGACUGUGCAGGGGGUCGGCGUCCCAAUCCCCACCUUGUUCAAGGGUCAACUGUACUUGUCCCCCCCAAAAAGCUAAAUUUAGCAAACAAAUGUAGAGAAACAGUAUCUGUAUACUUGCUCAGAGAUGCUGAGGACUGUAAAAAUGACAAAAACUUCACAUUAGUUAUAAGUUCAUAUUUACUAUACAAAAUGGAAAUUUCUCACAAUACUCUUUGACGGUAAAAGUAAUACAAAAUAAAGAAACAUGGAGCACAUUUUGAAUGAAAUACAUCUCUCUUCAGAAACUGAUAAUUUCAGACAAACAAUAGGUUCUAUCAAGAGAUUCCAAGCAGUACCCAUGCAUUUUUUUGAAGCAUUAAGAGGAGACAUGUCAGAGUCACUCCCUGACCAUGCUCAAAAACACCUUUCACUACCUAGAUGCAGUUGCCAUGCCAACAGAGCCCACUAUCCAGUGUUCUGACAAAGCUGCAAUGUCAUCCCAGUGCUCGCCAGCAGAGGGAGACCAUUUCAAUUCACUUCUAAAGAUGACGGGUUCAUCAGUCCAGAUAUGCAUUUAGGUAGUAUCUCACUAAAUUAAUGUACAACUUCAUA